UGCACGAACGCAAGCAUGUUCGACUGCUCGGAGGCAGAGAUGCUGUGGUGUAUGAUGGGUCCCAGGAGGCUGCCGCUUGCCCGUAUCGUGCCGCUGUCCGCUGUACUGCUGCUGAUCUUCCUGAGUGGUGUGGUGGGCAACGCGGCGGUGUGUGUCGUCAUCGUGCGCCAUCCCGCCAUGCACACAGACACCAACUACUAUUUGUUCAGUCUCGCUCUCAGUGAUCUGCUUCUACUGCUUUUUGGUCUCCCCAACGACCUGUGGGUGUACUGGCACCAGUAUCCCUACAGCUUCGGGGUCGUUUUCUGCAAGUUCCGCGCACUCAUAUCUGAAGCGGCUUCAUAUGUGUCUGUGCUGACAAUCGUGGCUUUCACCCUGGAGCGGUAUCUGGCCAUCUGCCACCCGCUGCACAUCUACGCGGUGGCUGGACUGCGACGUGCGCUGCGCAUUGUGGCCGCGCUGUGGGCUGUUGCACUGCUCGCCGCCGCGCCUUUCGCCCACUACACCACCGUCAACUACCACCAUUACCCGCCCGGUUCAGGGAAUGCGUCGAUGGAGUCUGCCUUCUGCGCGAUGCUGGAGCUACCGUCGUGGUACAUCUGCGAGCUGAGCAGCCUGUUCUUCUUCAUCCUGCCGGGCAUCAUCAUCCUCUGCCUGUACGUCCGCAUGGGGCUCCGCAUCAGAUCGACACAACCUCCGAUGCCGGGCAGCCCGGGCACGCUGCACGGUGUCAACGGCAGCGUGCACGGCGAGGCUCGCCAGGCGCAGUCUCGCAAGAACAUCAUCAGAAUGCUCGCUGCGGUGGUGGUAGCGUUCUACGUGUGCUGGGCGCCGUUUCAUUUCCAGCGGCUAUUCUUCAUCUACGGUACGGGUUCACGGUACUACCACGCUAUCAACGAGAGCCUCUUUAACGUCGCCGGCGUCUUCUACUACAUCUCCGCGACUGUCAACCCCAUACUUUACAACAGCAUGAGCCGACGAUAUAAGGCGGCAUUCCGGGAGACCCUGUGCUGCAGGAAGGUGAAGAGAUCCACCAGCAGGUACUGCAGGGACCACUCCAGCAUCUACGAGACGUCCGUCAACCACACGACAGAGGGCGGACACCUUGUGCGCGUGCGUUCUCACAGCCACGAGCGCCGGCACCGGCUCGAGACCCGCGCGAGGCGGAACAGCUGCUACGGCGCGGAGACCAGCCUGUACGGGAACAGAACAAGAGAUAGCAGAAGAUUCAAUGCAGUUUAGUUUAUGGAAAGGAAACAUACAAACAUAGAAGCUGGAAGACUGAUUUCACAGUUUAUUGGCAGA